AGAACCUCGCCUAUAUAAAUAAAUGCUUCCAAUUUGAAGAGCAGCUAAACCCUAACCCUAAAAUCUCCAGAGAGAGAGACGAUGGAUCGCAUGGCAGUUGCGGAAGAGCAAAUCCUAUUGGAGAGGGUUAGGAGAAAAAUCGAAGAAGUAAAUGCAUCUGGUCAGUCGCAGCUCUCUCCUAUUCAAGAACAUAUCAGUUUCACCCUUCUGAUUUAUGCACCUUUGAUUGAUGAUGAAUUGCAGCAAGCUUAUUUCAAAUGCUCAAACGAGUGCUUUGAGAAAAGAAGAAAGCCAGAAGUGACAACUAACUGUGUUGAGCUCUGUCGUGUUCCCGUUGCUAAAUCUCAACAGCAAUUCGAUAGCGAUAUGGCCAAGUUUCAGGAUAGGAUGAACAGAUCUCUCAUGGUAUGUCAAGACAAAUUCGAGGCUGCAAAGCUACUGAAUAUGAACAGGAUUGAUGCCGCCAAAGAUAUGGAGGGUUGCGUAAACGAUGCAGCUGCAGCAUUACUUGGCGGCUAA